GGCUCACGCCGCGCGACCCGCGAAACUUGUUUUUUAUUUAAGUUUGUUGGUCAUGAGCACUAAAGACAAAGAUAUUUAUACCCACCAAGUAUACAUAUUGCAAAGUUUACAGAGCAAAUAACUAGUUAUGAAUAUUGGAAGAUCGGAUGCUUCGACUUCUACGGACGAUAUUAAGGGUCGGCCGUUGUGCUUGUUUUACUUCGCACACCCAUUCGGCGUGCUGUCGUGUGAGCCGCCUGCGGUGCUGACGGCGGCGUCCGCACCUGCACCUGCAUCUGACGCGCCCGCACCCGCCAGCCCUAGUCCUCCCAGCGCUAUGAGGCGCGCGCCCGCGCUCUGGCGCCGUCCCGAUCCACACACUUUCGGGUCCCGUCUCCUGACUGUCGACCUCAGUUCUGUCGGGAACUCGCUCGCCUUCUCGUCGUCGACCGAGAGUGCUCGGUUGGACUCGCGCUCCGGACGUGAUGACUUUUCAAUGCGUCGCCCGGUACCCUAUGGCCGUGCUCUGCCGCCGUUACGUUUACCGACGCCUCGGAACGCGUCCACAUCGGACGACGCGUCGUUAGAUGCUUGGGCACGUCGACCUCCUAACGAGCGCUUUGCCUUGCCUCCGCUUGAUAUGAACACAACGGUGGCGAGUGGUGUGCGCGUGGACUCGGACUCGGAACUCAGCUGUCGGGGAAGGGCCACUUCCCGACACGCGCCGCCCGCGGGGGUGCGUAAAGUGCGCCGGGCCCGUCUAUGUCCGCGCACACUUACUGCGCGUGCUGCACUCGCCCGGCUUCUUAGACGAAAAGGUGCCACAGGAGGCGCGGGAGGAGCCGGAGUCCGCGCGGGAUCGCUGCUGGCGACACUGGGCGCGCUGCGCGCUGGCUGGACGCCACCGCCGCACACCAUUACCCGCUUCGAGGUUCGUGGGUCGACUUCGAGCGCCAUCGGCAGCGAGGGAGAAGAGCGGUGGAGUGCCGGCGCCAUGUUGCGCCGAGCCGCCCCCGCAGAACUUUCGUCGCGCGUGGCCGCUUCGCCGGGCUUGCUGCGUCGCCGAUACUCCGUGCCGGAGACCGUAAUGAGAAGAUGCCGCUUAGCGAGACAGUGGUCGGAGCCGGAGCGCGCGUCGACCAGCGGUCGCUCGCCGGGCAGCAGCCCGUCUCGCGGCGCCAACGAACGGUCCGUGGGCGCGCGUGAGUCGGUGCGGCGUUGUGCGCUGUUGCGGCGCAUGUGGGGCCGGAACCCCAACGGCGCGGGCGCUGCGCCCUCCCCUCCCUGCUGUUGCGGCAGUCGUUCGCUCGACGGCUCGCACACUGAUCUCGAAGCCGUGAGACUCCCGCGGCCAUCGGAACGACGGCGCCGUUCACCACUACCAUACACAGAAUCAUAUGCGCGCACGAGUUCGACCGUGCCUUCCGGAGAUGGAGACACGGUCGACCUAGAACCCGAUCGCCCAAUAAUGGAAACUUACGAUCUCGCCGGCGAACCUCGUUUUCGGGAGACUUCCACAAUCGGCGACACUUCCGGAAGUAGACGCAGCCCGGACCCACCGACUGACGAUUUCCCCGCAAGGCCUCACGCGCCCUACGAUCUGCUGGAAAUAGCCGUGUCCGAGACUUCCCACGGCAGCGACUCACCAGAUCGACGAGCGGUUCGCGCGACCCCGCCGUCGGCCUUGCGCACUUUUAAACCGUCAAUAAUGGAAAGGAACAUCGACGAAUACGUGGCCGAUAUCUUAGUAGAAAGCUUGAACUCUCUUACGGAUCGACUGGAAACGAUCGCGGCUACGACCGAAGGUCGCAUGAGUGUUAUCGAAAAAGAAAUAAAAGUAAAGUUACAGAAUGCGGGAGUGAACACGGUCGUCCAUUUGAGCCCGACUUCUAACCACCAAAUAAUAUUCGGAAACGAAGAAUUAUGCGAGCGAGACGCGAGUGCGACCUCGCGACGAGUACAGAGUCUAUUCGAAGGGGGCGAGCCGAUCGAGGAUCGGCGCCGCGGGACCGACGACCGCGAUCUACAGUUUCCUCCUCCUCAGUCCGCGGAGGCAAACCCCGCUACGGGUGCCAGUGCCGGAUCGCCCUGCACCAGUCUCGUCGAUAGUUUAGAUGACCCUUCUUCGCCGCGUUUUCCCCUCGGGAUCGAUUCGACUGUUUCGAAUCGACCCGGGGAAAAUAAUACUUCCAGGGGCGAUAGAAGCGAAUCUUUUUUUAUUCGACUCGAGGACGACGAGUGUGAUUGUGCAAAGGAUAAUCUGGUGGUCGCCGAUCGCAUGCCGGAGAGGAUAAAGAAGCGUCUCCAGCGUCGGCAUCGACGACGAGAGAGACGCGCCGAAGUAGCGCGGCGCGGACGCACGGGUGGCUCGCGCUCCGACCGCAAUCGCGGCGCUGCGGUGGAGCGGACUUGCGCGGCACUGGUCGACUCUCUCGUCGAUGAUGCCAUUAGUAGAAUCGCUCGCGAAGAAUACCGGUGCGCGCGCAUCGGUCGCCGGUUGCGGGAAGAGACCCGCGCCCCCGUCGACGCGAGUCGACAGCGAACGGAGCGGCGCCUCGCUCUCGCCCCUGAACCUGCACCGGCCCCGCGGCGCGAUCGCGCGCCGCGCAGAUCGUAUCGCAAGUCGGAGAUUCACGACGGUGAAAAGUGUAUAGAAAUAUUGGAAAUAGUCGAGUACGCGAACGUAUCGCGCAGUUCGUCUGACGUCACUUCGGACGAGUGCGGUUCUGGCGUGAAAUGCAGAAGGUCGCGGAUACCCGUCCCCGUUCCGGACGAGUCGCGCCGCCCCGGGCGUGCCGGCGCCGUCCGAGCGGCCCCACCUUCGACGGCGACGGCACCUCCGCCGGCUCCGGCCGCGGCGACGGCAGCGCACGCCGCGCGCCGCGCCUCAGUGCCGAGCUGCGACGGGCGACUGCGCACAGAUUCGCUCCGAUUCGAGCGCGUGUUCGACGCGAUUCCGGAGGAGCGCGGCGGACUCGGCUCGGAGUCGUCGCGUCCUUCGUCGGGAGCUCCUCCCGACCCUCGUUCGCCGCGGCGGCUCUCGACGGCCGCCGAACCGAGCGCACCGUCAGGCGGCGCAAACCCGAUCGCCGAGAGCGUCGAGGCGAGCGCGGCGGCGGUUAGCGGGCGGCGAUCCGUCGGCGUGCAGUGCGCCACGGUGGUCGAGGACGACUCGGAGGCCGCGAAGUCGGACGGACGUCGUUUCCGAUCGACGUCGGCCGGGCGGAGCGACGCGGACGAAGUCGCGGAUCUCACGCACACGCACGUGCCCGCCUCUAGCGACGGCGAGUCCGCCGACGAGCGGCGCGCGCCCCGCCGUCCGCCGCCGCGCGACCGCCGCCCUCGCCCUCCGCAUGCCCACGCUCACGCGCACCAGUCCAUCGACUCAGAGGACGGUGACGGCGGGUGGUCGCUGACGGUGGCGGGCUCGUGUCGCGCCGCGCUGCCCGCACAUCUGGAGAUGCGCGUGCGCUUCCCCGCACCACCCGGCUCCCCGUCCCGCACGAGGCCCCAGCCCCCUCCGGUGCCUAGCGACUACAGCGACACCAAAUCUCAGGAAACCGAGUGGUCGUCGGGAUGUCGUCGUCGUGCCGCCCGCCGCUCCCCCCGCGGCUCGCGUCCCUCUCGCGCCGCUCUACUCGCACGCGACUCCAUCGUUUACGACUCGCCAUUGGGCACCGCUCGCCGCGACAAGAGAAGCACGGAAGCGCUGCCUUCGCUGGGCGCCGCGCCGCCUCCCGCACCCCCCGCACCUCACCGCGGCGCCUCCUCCACCGCUCCGCGCGAGCAUCAGGUGAGCGAGCGUCCGCCGUCUCGUAGCUCGAGCGACACUGUAGUACGCGAAGGCUCACCGCCGCAGUUCUAUUACGCGUAAUCUUAAUAAUUAUCUACCUCGUUGCCGUUUCAUGUGAAUAUUCCACAUACCUUCGUUUCGACUCUACAUUCACCUUAAUUUUUUCGUCUCGAGUACCGACCGCGUAGCCGUCGAAUUCGAUCGUACUUUCUUGCGGUCGCGUCGCUUUCUUUCAGUUGCACGGCGGGUGUUGCGCGUAUUGCCGAUCGUCGCCGCCGGCGCCGUCGCCGCGAUCG